AUGGGGAGCGGGUGGCCUAGUGAUUUGAGAGGCGAUUUUACAAAGACAAAGAAAGGGGACACUAAUGAGUUUCUGUACAGUAAGAUAUCAGGAUUAAAAACAGAUUUGUCAGGACCCCAACAUGUGCCAACUUUACUUGAAGACUCAAAACAAGAGCAGAAUAACGAUAUUGAACUAACAUCUGGUGUGUGUGAACACACAGAAGAGGAAAUAAAUGACAAUGAAGGGAGUGAUUGUGGGAAUGAAAGUGAUGAUUCUGAUUCAACUGAUGAUGAGGAAAACUGUAAAGGCACCAUAACACGACCCAGAGACGAAUCUCCAAAUUCAAAGAAGGAAAGGAAACGACUGGUGAAAGAGGCACAAAAAGAAAAAAGACAAAAUAAGAUGCCAAAGCAUGUAAAGAAAAGGAAAGAGAAGCUUGCAAAGCAAGGAAAGAAAAAAUAAAAAAAAUGUUUACAUCUUUCCUGUAAUAUAAUUGUAUAAUAACAUGUAAAAAGUUGUUUAAAUAAAUGGAUUAAACUAAA